AUGCGGCAUGGAUUCGGCAAUCCAAAGAGCGACCUGCACCUCUCCUGCAUGCAUGGCCCUGCGAGCACAGCAAACGUCUUGUACCUUCUUUUCCUGCCUCGCCGCCCUCCUCCCCCUCCUCGUCCUCGUCCUCGUGCUGUUCCACCAAGCUCGCCAAAAACUUUCCCUUUCCUUUGCGGGUUUUCAUCCACCGCCGGACUAGACCGAGCCCGAACACUGCCAGAAUACCCGACGGUCGGCUCCCAUUCGCUCUUGCCAUCCGCCGUUUACACAACAACGCCGGCGCACACCCGCAACUCCUACCGCCAUUCGCCAGUCCUCUUUGUUCCUACGGCACUGUUGGUGUCGCGAGACCACGCCCGCAACUCGGCUCUUAUCGUGCCUGCCGUCUUGUCCGAUUCAUCCCUCGCUUCCCAUUCGCACCCGCAGCUGCAGCUCUAUCSCGCGCGCGCGGACCCCAUCUCCGCCACUCCCGCACAUCAGUCGCCCUCGCGCUCCUCCUCGCCCUUCGACCCUCGCCCCCCUCCCCUCCUCCUCCUUAAAGUGUCACCCGUCCUCUCCAACAUCUUCCGCUCUCCCUCUCACCACCCGUCCCUUCCACCCCCUCCCUCACCAUCAGCCAAGGACGACGCCAUCGCCGGCCAGGCCGAGGCCCAGCGCGAUGCCUACGUCGCCGACGUCAAGGCCCACUCCGGCAAGGACGAGGCCCACCCCGUCGGCCACCUCGAGUCCGGCGUUCGCGUCAAGCCCGAGACCUCGGACGAUGACUUUGUCGCCCCCACCGAAGAUGACCUCGCCACCCUCCGUCGUGUGCCCGAGAAGCUUCCCUGGACCACCUACGCCAUCGCCUUCUGCGAGCUGGCCGAGCGUUUCUCCUACUACGGCUGCGUUCAGGUCUUCCAGAACUUCAUCCAGCAGCCGCGUCCCGCCGGCAAUCGCGCUGGUGCCGGCGGCGCUGACAACCAGUCCGGUGCCCUCGGCGAGGGUCAGCAGGCCGCCACUGGUCUGACCACCUUCAACACCUUCUGGGUGUACUGCAUGCCGAUCCUCGGUGCCUACCUCGCCGAUACCCGAUGGGGCCGAUUCAAGACGAUUUGCAUCGCCGUUUUCAUCGCGCUCGUCGGACACGUCCUCCUCAUCGUCUCUUCCAUCCCCACGGUCCUCGACCACCCUGAUGGCGCCAUGGCAUGCUUCGCCGUCGCCAUUGUCGUCAUGGGAGUGGGUACCGGCUGGUUCAAGUCAAGCGUUUCACCGUUGAUCGCGGAGCAGGUCAACGGAUCCAAGCAGUCGGUCCAGACGCUCAAGACGGGCGAGCGCGUCAUCGUCGACCCGGUCCUGACCAUUAGCCGUAUCUUCAUGUACUUCUACCUGUUCAUCAACAUCGGUGCGCUCGGUGGUCAGCUCGGCAUGUCGUUUGCCGAGAAGUACGUCGGCUUCUGGCUCGCCUACACGCUGCCCACCAUCGUGUUCGCGCUGUGCGUGCCCGUGCUCAUGUUCGGCAGCAAGUACUACGUCAAGACGCCGCCUUCCGGCUCGGUCCUGGGCGAGUGCCUGCGCCUCUGGUCGUUUGCCACCAAGGGCCGCUGGACGCUCAACCCCAUCGCCCUGAUGAAGAACAUGCGCGCCGACGACUUCUGGGAGAACGCCAAGCCGUCCAAGCAGAGCGCCGAGACCAAGCCGCGCUGGAUGACCUUCGACGACGCCUGGGUCGACGAGGUGCGCCGUGGCUUCAAGGCCUGCACCGUCUUCCUGUGGUUCCCUCUGUACUGGCUCACCUACAACCAGAUCACCAACAACCUCGUCUCGCAGGCUGCCACCAUGGAGGUCAACGGCCUGCCCAACGAGGUCGUCUCGAACCUCGACCCCUUUGCGCUCGUCAUUCUCAUCCCUCUGUUCGACCUCUUCCUCUACCCCGCUCUGCGCAAGGCCGGCAUCAACUUCACCCCGCUCAAGAAGAUCGCUCUUGGAUUCCUCACCGGUGCGCUCGCCAUGGUGUGGUCGGCGGUUGUGCAGCACUACAUCUACAAGACGUCGCAGUGCGGAAAGAACGCCGCGUCUUGCUACGAUAUCAAUGGCGAUGGCAUCGCUGAUCUCGGUGCCACCGGCAAGGAGGACGGCGCUGUGUACGUGCCCGCUCCGCUCAACGUGUGGAUCCAGUCCGGUGCCUACAUCCUGAUCGCCGUCUCCGAGAUCCUUGCCUCGAUCACGGGUCUGGAGUACGCCUUCUCCAAGGCACCCAAGUCGAUGCGAUCGCUCGUUAUGUCGAUGUUCCUCUUCACCUCGGCCAUCGCUGCUGCACUCCAGCAGGCUUUCAUCGCGCUCUCGUCGGACCCCAACCUGGUGUGGAACUACACCGUGUUUGGCGUCCUGGCCUUCCUUGGCUUCAUCGGUUUCGUGUGGGCCUUCAGGAAGCUCGACUCGCAGGAGGACGCGCUCAACCAGCUCGACGCCGGCGAGGUGCACGCCGUCGAGGCCUCCGAGUCGUCUCACCACGAGAAGGCCUAA